UGGCACCUUUUAAGCCUAGGGACACAGACUAAUGCAAAAUACUAGUCCAAAGUUUUAACAUAAAAGCCCCUUCAAUGCAGUGGUCUUUAGUAAUUAAUCAGUAAAUGAAAGGAGUUUAGUCUGUGUUUGUUUUGUCUUGCAGCCAAUGAAGGAGUGAAAGUCUGUAAAAGAGAAAGGACUGAAAAUGAACAACUUGGCAAAAGUCUCUCUCCUUCUCUUGAUAUGUGCGACCAUUAAUGUCCAGGAGGCCAGGAUCCAGAGAAAAGCAGAAGAAACCCCUGUUUAUAGAAGAACAACAGACAUGCCAGCCACCAAAUUUUGCCUUUUCAAGGGGCAGAUAUCGAACUCAAAGGCCUGCUGCAUCACCCCUCACCAGCCAGAGACACUGGACACCUGCAGCUUCAACGCCUCACAUCCUUUGGUGAUGAUCAUCCACGGAUGGACGGUCGAUGGAGUCCACGAAAACUGGAUCUGGAAAAUGUCAACUGCACUAAAAGUAAAACUGAAGGACGUCAAUGUGAUUAUAGUUGAUUGGCUGACUCUGGCACAUCAGCAUUAUCCAAUCGCAGUGAAGAAUACACGGAUAGUGGGCCAGGAGAUUGCAGACUUGUUAGACUGGCUGGAGGAAUUCUUUAAGGUUUCAAAAAGAAAGGUUCAUCUGAUUGGAUACAGUCUUGGUGCUCACGUGUCAGGAUUUGCUGGAAGUUAUAUCACCGGGCCAACCAAAAUUGGGAGGAUAACAGGCCUUGAUCCUGCUGGACCCCUGUUUGAAGGCAUGUCAUCAACGGAACGUCUAUCUCCCGACGAUGCAAGCUUUGUUGAUGCACUUCACACCUUCACACAAGAGCACAUGGGCCUGAGUGUUGGAAUCAAUCAACCCGUAGCCCAUUACGAUUUCUAUCCGAACGGUGGCACCUUCCAACCAGGCUGCCACCUCAAACACAUGUACAAUCACAUCGCCCAGUAUGGAAUUCUAGGUAUUACCGAAACUGUGAAGUGUGCACACGAGAGAUCGGUACACUUGUUCAUUGAUUCUUUGCUGAAUGAAGACAAGCAAAGUAUUGCAUAUUGGUGCAAUGACCUGAGCACAUUUAACAAAGGAGUCUGUCUAAGCUGCAGGAAGAAUCGAUGCAAUACACUGGGCUACAAUAUUAAAAAGGUCCGGACACAAAGGAGCAAAAAAAUGUUUCUGAAAACCCGUGCAAACAUGCCAUAUAAAGUCUAUCAUUACCAAUUCAAGAUUCGCUUCAUCAACCAGACAGAGCACUGUAAAUUGGAACCAUCUCUCAAGGUUUCUUUAUUUGGAACAGAAGGUGAUGCUGAAAAUUUACCAAUCAAAUUAGUUGAAAGCAUCACCACCAACAAAACCUACUCUUUUCUGAUUCAUACUGACGUUAACAUUGGUGAUUUAAUGAUGCUGAAGUUCAAAUGGGAAAGCUCUGUUGCCUGGGCAAACCUUUGGAGGACUGUUCAAACAUAUUUUCCAUGGAGACAGAAUAGUAUCAACCCAGAGCUUAUUGUCAGAAAAAUAAGAGUAAAAGCUGGAGAAACACAACAUAAAGUAACCUUCUGUUCCCUAAACACCGUCAACAUGUAUCUUCAACCAGCCCAAGAGAAAACGUUUGUUAGAUGUAUAGGUAACACAAGACGGCGCCACAGAAGACUGAAGUAAACACAGACCAACUAAGGCAGACUGAAACCAAGAUUAACAGUGCACAGAAUUCAUUCAAAAUUCAGAAACAUACUCUGGCUGAUGACUCAUACACUUUAUCAUCAAAAGAAAGUGUAAAUAUAUUAACCACAACUACAAUAAAGGAAUUUAAUUCGAUA